AUGUUUGAAGCAGAAGUGAAACGUUUUUUAAAGAAAAAAGCAGCUGGUCGUUAUGCGGAUAAAGGUCGAGGCAUCAUGGGAAAGUUCUUUUCAUUUAUAGACACACACAGAGUAUUUAUUCCUAUUUUGUUUCUUUUCCCAUUCAUUUGUUUAGUAUCUACAAUUAUUAUUUGGGGCAUAUCUGUAGCUGGACCGGCUGUUUUAGGCUUAUUUUCAUUAGCAGCAGGAAUAACGUCUCUUUCAGGCUUAGUUCCACUAUUGGCAGGAUUAAUCCCUGUUCGCUUGUUUACUAUGCGAUUAAAUUCGAUAGUGCAUUAUCUGGAGGUAUAG